ACAAAGUUAAUAUGAACUCGUUUUCUGGUGGGAUGGAGUAAGUACAACUUUUAUGAAGCCUCUUACGAAGAAAGUCCAAUCAAUAACCUCUUUACUAUAAAUUAAACACACAACUUCCAUAAACCUUAACCAUUUCAUUCAAUUUCAACGACACAAAAACUCUGUUCCUUUCCUCUCUCUGCCUCCCAACAUCUCUUAAACAUUUCAUCUCACUCUAACUAUUAUUAUUAAUAUCGUCAUCAUCAUCAUGAAGCAAAAGGUGGUCAUCAAAGUUUCUCUAAACGAACAGAAGUGUCGCACCAAAGCCAUCAAGACUGCAGUUGGAAUUGAUGGAGUCAUACAAGCAACACUUCAGCAAGAGAAGAAUCUAAUAGAGGUAACAGGAGAGGACAUCGACGUGGUGUUGCUCACCACUCUGCUCAGAAAGACCAUGAAAUACGCAGAAGUAGUAAGCGUGACUGUCAUCGAUAAGGCCGCAGAGGAGAAGAAGAAGAAGGAAGAAGAGGAAAAGAAGAAGAAGGAAGAGGAAGAAAAGAAGAAGAAGGAGGAACAAGCUAAAUACAUUUACUAUCAACCUUAUUACUCAUCGUCUGGAUCCUGUUGCCAAGUUCCCCAGUCUGGGUACGUGUCAUACAGCAUACCCUACCAGGAACCAUCCCCCGCAUGUUCCAUUAUGUAAUUUCAUAUGGAUCCCAUUCCCAAGAGUAGUUGGAGAAAAGGGUCUUGGCCAUUUUUCAUAAUCAUCUGAAGCUGGGCUAGUUUAUAUAUAAUUCACAAAUGUGCUAAUUAAGCUGGGCGGCUUCAGUGAUUCAUUUUUUUUUGGUUGGAUUUCUCUAUCUUAUUGUAGUCAGAACAGAGUUGUAUAAUUGUAUUCAAUUAUAAAUUUACAGGAACCGGGAGAAGGGGGGUUAGAUUUGUAAAUGGAAAUUGAAUAAUAUAUGAAAUAUAUAUAGAUUGAUAUUUAGUUGAUA